AUGACAAGUCAUCGGUUGGAUGUCUACUACGUUGAUGUUGAUGCAUGGACGGCUACCGUGAGCGACCCCGAGGUCUUGGACCUGCGAAGGAAACUGCUACCGGACACUGAAGUGGAAAACGGCAAGGUGGACCAAUACGUCCAGGAGAAGGACCAGCGGAUGUGUUUGGUCAGCCGCCUCCUCCCGCGCUACUUUGUGAAUAAGGCUACUGCUAUUCCAUUUAGAGAGGUCAAUAUCGUUAACCGGGAAAGACAGCGGUUGGGGAUGUUCAAACCCACGUACGGGCCUCCCUUUGGACCGGCUCCAUCAGCCAAGACCUGGGAGGCAUAUCCUUCUUUCAGCAUAUCUCACGACAACGGGAUGGUGACUAUGGCAGUCCACCCCCUGUACGCUGUAGGAGUGGAUAUUCAGUGCCUCAGCUUACCCCGAAUAUACGACUCCUCGAGACAGUUUGUCGAUGAGAUGCGAGGGGAGGUCCUUAAUGGGGAGGAAUACCACCGCAUCACAGCUCAUGUAGCGGAUAAGGAUGUCCUACGAGAGUAG